UAUCAAACCUAAAAUCCAAUACCAUCCAAUUGCAGCGUCUUCUUCCCUGGCCACCCAUAAACAUGGCUCUACGUAUGUCCGUACAGUUCCCGAUAACCUCAGCCUUCCUGUUAUCCGCAAAAGCCGGUCACGUUAACUCAUCCGUACGGUUGAAACCGCCAUGUGCCUGUAACCAUUCAGUUUCCCAGUUCCAGCCCAGACGGCCCCUAACAGACACGAGGAGCAAGCAAUCGCUUCUCAAAGCCGUUGACGAAAGCCAAGCAAAUUCCGAGUCCGGGCCCGAAUCGGUGAGCACCCAGCAGAAAGAAUCGGCGAGCACCCAGCAGAAAGAAUCGGCGGGAGAUGGAGAAUCGGCGGCGAGUCAACCCGUCGAGUUGAGCGAGUUGGGGAAGGAGAUCAAGGAGGCUAUGCAGAAGAGGAAGGAGGAGAAAGAGGGAGACUUUCUGAGCGGAGUGGCGGAUGAGGUUAGGGAGAUCGAGUGGCCUGCGUUCGCGAAGGUGUUGGGGACCACUGGUGUGGUGCUUGGGGUCAUUGCUGGCUCCAGCGUCGUUUUGCUUACUGUCAAUGCCGUUUUGGCUGAGUUUUCCGACCGAGUUUUUGCCGGCAAAGGGGUUCAGGAUUUUUUCAGCUGAGAGUCUGAGAUAGGAUAAUGUUCGGUGCAAACCCGGCCCAGCCCAGCCCAGCCCAUCUGCUAUGCUAAUUGAAGAGUGAAACUGUACAUGAUAAUGUAAUGCAGGGUCAUAUAACUCAUUUUCUUUGUGAAAUUUCACUCUUUGGUCAAUACACUAUUUGAAAUCAAUACU